GACAAACAAACUGGAGAGGGAGAAAUCCGAAGUUUUCCGAGGGAGCUGCUUCUUUUUUUCCCUCACACGGUUGGAUUUAAAAUUUACCAGCAAAACAUAACCGUCAAUUCAAUUUAAAUAUUGUCUUUGUUUGAUUCCUAUUGUUUACAAUUCAACUAUUAUUUUUUAAUUUACGUAAAAAAUAAGUAAAUACUUUUCAGUUUAUUAUAUAUUUUAUAUUUGAAACGAAUAAUUUUUAAUUCAUAAUAUAAUUGGCAAUUACUGAUAAUAAAUAAUGGCAUCACAUCAGUCACCACAAAAAAUUCGAGAACUUCGAUUACCAUUAGCAAGAGUCCGUACAAUAAUGAAAAGUUCACCGGAUGUUGAUUCUAUUGGUCAAGAUGGUUUAUUUUUAGUUACCAAAGCUACUGAAAUGUUUAUCCAGUAUUUAACAACAGAAGCUUAUUCCCAAGCAAAUCAAAAAAAUACAUUAGAUUAUAAACAUUUAGCAGAAGUAGCGCAGACUAAUGAAACUUUAGAUUUUCUUAAAGAAAUAAUGCCGCGUAAAAUAACAGUAAGACAAUUCAAAGAGCUGAUGGCUGCUAGAGAAGCUGCUGCACGAAGUAGUUCAUCUGGUAGCUCUGAUUCCGACAGUGACAGUCAAUCCGAUUCAGAAUCUGGUUCUGAAAGUGAUUCUAAUUCUAAAAAGGACGAGAACGAUGAUGAUGAUGGUGAUGAUGAUAAUAAUAAUGAAGAAGAGGAAGAUGAUGAUGACGAUGAUGACUUAAGUAGUGAGGAUAAUAAAAAUAUAUCAAAUGGUAAAAGCGGUUCGAAUAAAAGUGAAUCUCAUAGUGAAAGUGAACAUGAUGAUUGAAAUAAAUAAUUAGAUUUAAAUUUUCUUAU